UGACCGCAAUCGUCGUCGUCACCGGCUGCUGCGGCUGCUGCUGCUGCCCGGCCCGUACCGGGAGCGCGUCUCGAGGCGGACGGGCGAGGGCUCGUGGACCGGCUGCGCACGCGGGAGCCACCGGCACGCAACAGCGUCAUGGACUGCAGGAGGAGGACUGCGUCCGCUGCACCGGGAGAGCCACCGCCACCACCGCCGCCCGGCUCGAAAAACAACGACUCCUUGCGCCGCGUGUUGGGGCUGUGCGCCAGUGUCUGGAAGCCGUAGGGAGUGGUGAUGCGGGGCAGGUGCGGGAGCGGGGACGUGCCCUCUGUGACGUCGGUGAGACGGGUGCCCUGGAGGUCGUGGGUGGAGGAGGAGGUGGAGGAGAGGGCGAUGGCUCUUCUGCAUCGUGGGCAAAAGGGGCAGUCGAACGCCAUGAGCUCCACGGCGGAGCUCACCAAGCCGAGGCUGGACGAGGCGCAGGCGACGGAGCUGAUCGUGCGCCUCUACGGCCUCGGCGUGGAGCGCCUGGCGCCCCUGGACAGCUACGACGACCAGAACUUCCGCGUCGCUACGAUCGACGGCGCCGAGUGGGUCCUCAAGGUCACCAACACGAGGGAGAGCCGCAAUCAGGAAGUGCUGGAGGUGCAGACGCGUGUGAUGAUGUUCCUGAAGGACGGGGGCUUCCCCACGCAGACGGCGCGACUCACCGUACAUGGAGACCUCAUGUCCCUGCAGCGCAUCGACUGCGGCGAAGGUGAGAAGGAGUUCAACGUGCGGCUGCUCACGUACCUGCCCGGCGUGCCACUCUCUACGGUGCUGGCAGACGGCAGCCUGUACUACCAGGUGGGCAAGCUGGCAGCAAGCAUCCACCAAGCCCUGCAGCAGUUUGAGCACCCGUUCCUGCGCUUCCUGCAAAGAGACGAUUUCAUCUGGAACCUGUCCAACACCCACCUGCUCGAGGCCUACCUGUUCGCUCUGGACGGCGACCCCAACCAGGGCCUGGUCAGGGAGGUCAUCGCCAAGUUCCGCGAGGAGAUCCAGCCCAACCUGCAUAAGUUCACCAGAUGUAUCGUUCACGGAGACCUCAACGACCACAACAUCCUGGUGGAAGAAACGGGGCCGACUCCCGCAGUCCAGUCGUCGGAGACGGGCGAGCAUGCCGCUGGGGGCCAGUACAAGCUGUCGGGCGUCUUGGACUUCAACGACAUGAUGCAGGGCUACUGCGUGUACGACAUCGCCAUGGCCGUCAUGUACAUGAUGAUCGAGAGCUCGCGGCCCAUGGACGUGGGCGGGCACAUAAUGGCCGGCUACGAGAGCGUGCGGCCGUUGACGGAGGAUGAGAGGGAAGCUGUCUACUGGCUGGUGGCGUCCAGGUUCUGCCAGUCGCUGGUGCUCGCUCGCUACACCAUCCUGCAGCACCCGGAGAACGCCGACUAUCUGCUGACGACGGCGCGCACCGGCUGGGAGAGGCUGCGCCGGCUGUGGGCCACGGGGCGGGAGGCCAUGCAGCGGCUGUGGUCAGACGUGGCCGCACGCCACGAAAACACCGACUCUCUCGCCCCGACAAAUUAACUUCACGCUGCCGGGAGGUGUGGGCGGAGUGGGGGGCGGGCGGUGGGCAGGGGGCGAGGGGCCCCCCAGUCUCUCGUGAAGUGUGGUUGGUCACUGCACAUCCUACGGUCGAGAAGCUUGUCGCUCCGAUUCUGGACGAAGGCUGCCAACGUUCUGGGAGGCUCAACCGGGACACGCGGUGAGCCCCGCCCACUCACUCACUAGCCCCGCGCACUCUCUCACUAGCCCCGCCCACUCUCUCACUAGCCCCACCCACUCUCUCACUAGCCCCACCCACUCUCUCACUAGCCUCGCCCACUCACUCACUAGCCCCACCCACUCACUCACUAGCCCCUCCCACUCACUCGCCCCACCCACUCUCUCACUAGCCCCACCCACUCACUAGCCCCACCCACUCUCUCACUAGCCCCUCCCACUUUCUCACUAGCCCCUCCCACUUUCUCACUAGCCCCUCCCACCCUCUCACUAGCCCCUCCCACUCUCUCACUAGCCCCUCCCACUCUCUCACUAGCCCCACCCACUCUCUCACUAGCCCCGCCCACUCUCUCACUAGCCCCUCCCACUCUCUCACUAGCCCCGCCCACUUUCUCACUAGCCCCACCCACUCUCACUAGCCCCUCCCACUCUCUCACUAGCCCCACCCACUCUCUCACUAGCCCCGCCCACUCACUCACUAGCCCCAC